AAAAUCAAAUACUUCGCUUUCAAUUUCAAUCUAAAACAUAGAUCUAAAUUUUGUCUUCACACUUUUGCACUUCACUAAUUCAACAACCCUUUUGAUCGGUGAAUUAGGGAUCAACGAUGCUGAUUUAUCCACUCCCUGCAGCCUUGUACCAAUGAUGAGACAAAUUUGGUGGUUCCAGACACCCCUCCAUAUUAUUGCAUCAAGAGAAGCAGAUUGGUCGAGAUUCGAGAACUAUGUCGCAUGCUUAGACGUACAUGGUUUCUUCUUCCGCCAUCAAUUGUGCGGCAAUUUUUCUUUUUUCGCUUUGGCGAGAUUAAGCGGAGGGAAGAGGAUGCUUGGUCUCAGGCGGCCGAAGGUUGUAGAGGUACAGAAGAUGGAUGAUUGGCCUCUGGCGGCCAAAGAUCAUGAACGAAGUGUGGGGCUAGAGGCUGGAACAGAUCUAGAUCCGAGGUCAUCUGUGUUAGGUGGUGACAGAAGAGGCUUGGUAGAGAACAUGAUGAAGAAGAAUUAAGGUGAGAAAGAAGCUACAGUACUGCUGGAUUGUCCCCCUUCUUAACCGCCGCCAUGGAGUGAGUCUAGGGUUUGUAAGCAGCUUUUUAAUUUUAUUGUUUGCUUGCAAUUUAUUUUUCAUGUUCAGUCUGCUUAUUUUGUUGUUGAUUACUUUUAUUAUUGUAAGUUUCUUGCAUUAGGAUUGGGUGAUGGGAAACCUGCUUUAACCGUUUUUGGCUCAUUUAUGCCCAUUAUAGGAUCGGCGAGUUAUAUUGCUUUUUUUAAGGUGAUUGACAUCUAAGUCUUGUUCGAGGGCUGGCGAUUGUAUGUGGUCCUUUUGUCACUGGA